UGUGGAUGAAACGUCAAUAUGUUAAGUCAAACGUUACAAGCUGUUAUUUUGUUUGAAUUCUUGAAAUUGGACUAUUAUUUUCAGAAUACAAAUGGACCUUUUCGAAAAGGAAGGAGGCUGGAUUAUCACAAAAAACCAAAAAGGCAAAGUAAAACUUGCAGCUUGUUCAGAAGAUGAAUCUAACAUAUAUGAAAAAUCAAGAGAUUGGGUAGAAGUAGCGGCUGAUAGCACAAAACUAAACACCUUCAGACCUCGACAACGAAAUAGUGUAGCCACACUUUUCAUAAGGGAUCUCCUGAAUUCUGAAAGGAAGGAUAGCUAUUUUGAGAUGAAGAUACCUAAGCAUGAUAUUUUGUAUAGAAAAGUUUUUAUCUGUGGGACUGUGGUUGAAUUGAAUACUAGAACUGCUAAACAUUCUAUAGUAGUUGACGAUGGCACUAGCUGUAUAAAAUGUAUAAUGUCAACAGAAAUAAUUCUACCAAAUAGCAAGUUGAGUACUACAAUAAAUGAGAAUGAUAGUUUUAUGUCAACACAGAGUGCAUCACAGGCAAAAAAUGGUAUAGGUGCUAUGGUUUUAUCAAAAAUGGAAGAUCUAAAGAAGUGUAUACCUGAAGUGAAAGAUCUGACUUUAGGGGACAUUGUGAAACUUACGGGAAAUAUGUCUGAAUAUAAUGGUCUCAGGUAUGUGUUCAUCAAAAGUAUUGCAAAGGAACCAAAAGGAAGCACAUUUUAUGAUAAUCAUAUGGAGUACUUGGUGAAGUUAUACGCGGAGUUAAUAGAGUAACUACUACUAUCAUACUGUUAUGAUGGACUAUAGAACAUUUCCUUUCAUUCAUACUUCAUCUGCCAGUUUUAAAAUAUAUCGGAUCUGGGUACCUGAUAUGAAACAAACAAGAGAAGAAAGAAGGUAAGAAGGAAGGUGAACAGCAAAAAGAGGAAGUGAAUCUGUAAUUAUAGGUGCUACAGCAGAAAUAGUUGUUACUUGAGCGACAUAUCAGGAUAUUGUUUAUAUACUUAUCGUUUUUGUGAUGUACAAUUUUUACAAUGUUAAAUGUGUUGUUACAGUAAUAAGUGCUAUUAUACAUAUUUGUCGUAUAUUACAUUGGUCCUUAGUUACAUAAACAUCAGAUCAAUAAUUACAGUGGCGACGCGUGACUUUUCCUAAACUGUUACCAAAAAAAGUUUAUUUUGAACCUCCCA